CACAUAUAAUUGCUCAUUCAGUCAUCCUCCUUCUUCUUCCGCUCUCUGCUUUCGAAACAACACUCACGUUCUCCGAUUUCCCAGAAAAUGACGACCCGAUUCAAGAAGAACCGCAAGAAGAGGGGCCACGUGAGCGCUGGCCACGGUCGAAUUGGGAAACACAGAAAACACCCCGGAGGUCGCGGGAACGCUGGAGGCAUGCACCACCACAGGAUCCUCUUCGACAAGUACCACCCAGGGUAUUUUGGUAAAGUCGGUAUGAGGUACUUCCACAAGCUCCGCAACAAGUUCUAUUGCCCCAUUGUCAACAUCGACAAGCUCUGGUCCAUGGUUCCACAAGAUGUUAAGGACAAGACUAGCAAAGACAAUGUUCCAUUGAUUGACGUUACUCAGUUCGGAUACUUUAAGGUUUUGGGAAAAGGUGUUUUGCCGGAGAAUAAGCCUGUCGUCGUCAAGGCCAAGCUGGUAUCAAAGACUGCUGAGAAGAAGAUUAAGGAGGCUGGUGGUGCGGUGGUGCUCACUGCUUAGGGUCACUUUGGUAAUUUUUUUUUGGUUUAGGACAUUGGUAUUGUUUUUUGAUUAUGUUGAGACUUGUUUACCUUAAAGAUUUUGAUAUAUCUCGUUUAGUGACUGGAAACAAUGGUUUAUUAUAUCUUCAUCUUAGGUUAAUUUCUAAUUUUUUAUACCCUUUUGAUUCAAGAAUUAA